AUUAUGAUUGACAUUCUAUGAUAUCACCUACCUUUAAAAUUUAAAAACGCGUUGAUAAUGGAUACAUUACUCCAAGGUGUAGGUAUUAGACAAGGUGCAGAUAUUGAUAUUGUCUUAGACAAUAUUGAUAACAGAAAAUGUAUUGAUUUCAAAACAGAUGGUAAAAAAGAAAAAUUAUAUCUGUUUUUUGAUGGAGAAACAAUAUCAGGAAAGGUUAAUAUAACGUUGAAAAAACCUGGUAGUAAGUUAGAACAUCAAGGAAUAAAAAUUGAAUUUAUUGGACAAAUAGAAUUAUUCUAUGACAGAGGAGGUCACUACGAAUUUAUAUCACUAAUGAAAGAAUUGGCACGCCCCUCAGAACUAACUCAAAACACAUGUUAUGAUUUUGAAUUUCUUCAAGUUGAAAAACCCUUUGAAUCUUACAUGGGAAUUAAUGUGAGAUUAAGGUAUUUUUUGAGGGUUACAAUUGAACGAAGGCUCAGAGACAUUAUAAAAGAGUUAGAUAUUAUAGUUUAUACCCUAUCACUUUACCAAGAGGUCUCCCCAAGUAUUAAAAUGGAAGUGGGCAUUGAAGAUUGUUUACAUAUUGAAUUUGAAUACAAUAAAUCCAAAUAUCACUUGAAAGAUGCCAUUGUGGGAAAAAUAUAUUUUUUACUAGUUCGUAUCAAAAUAAAAUAUAUGGAAUUAGCUAUAUUGAAAAAGGAAACUACUGGAUCGGGUCAAAAUACAUAUCUCGAUAAUGAAACUGUGGCAAAAUAUGAAAUUAUGGAUGGUGCUCCUGUUAAAGGUGAAUCCAUACCUAUCCGCCUCUUCUUAAGUGGAUACGAUUUGACGCCAACUAUGCGGGACAUCAACAAAAAGUUUUCGGUUAGAUAUUAUUUGAAUCUCGUACUCGUUGACGAAGAGGAGAGACGAUAUUUCAAACAACAAGAAAUCAUUCUCUGGCGUAAAGGAGAAAAGCUUAGGAGAAAUAUUGUACACAGUGAAAAUCCAUCGUCGGCAUGAAUAUUUAUAUAUUUUUAUUUUUUAAUUAUACCGAUACAAGAAUGUAUGCAUAAGAUUAUUUAUAUUAUAAAAUAAUAUAUUUUUUUAAUUUUAAUAAAAAAUAACAAAAGAGUU